AUGGGCAUCUCUUGGGACAAAUGGCACAAGUGCUGCAAGACUAGGGGCAAGAGAAAGCCCUACGACAAGAAGCAGAAGUAUGAGUUGGGGCACCCGGCUGCCAACACCAAGAUUGGCCCCCACCGCAUCUGCACAGUCCGUGUGUGGGGAGGUAACAAUAAAUAUGGUGCCCUGAGGCGGGACAUGGGGAAUUUCUCCUGGGGUUCAGAGUGUUGUACUCACAAAACAAGGAUCACUGAUGUUGUCUACAAUGCAUCCAAUAACAAGCUGGUCCAUACCAAGACCCUGGUGAAGAACUGCUUCGUGCUCACCGACAGCACACCGUACUGCCAGUGGUACGAGUCCCACUGUGCGCUGCCCCUGGGCUGCAAGAAGGGAGCCAAACUGACUCCUGAGGGAGAAAAGACUUUAAACAAAAAACAAUCUAAAAAAAUUCAGAAGAAAUACGAUGAAAAGGAAAAGAAUGCCAAAAUCAGCUGUCUCCUGGAGGAGCAGUUCCAGCAGGGCAAGCUUCUUGCGUGCAUCGCUUCUUGUGUGCAUAGCCCAUGACUAUGUGCCAGAGGGCAAGGAGUUGGAGUUCUAUC